AUGAAAAGUGGCUGUUCCACGUGCGACCUCGAACAUGAUCAGAGGCGGACGCAUGGAUUGGUUAGCCCUACCACAGGACGUGUAACACGUUUUUCUUCUCGGGGAUCCAUUAUUUAUACAGCCUCCUCGACCGGACGUACAGGGGGCGGGGCCAAUACCAGCAGAUCGACCAUGCACCACAAGAGGAAAGCCGGAAGAAGAAAGUUCAAGGAGACGAGGCACCCCGUGUACAGGGGCGUCCGACGAAGAAACGGCAACAAAUGGGUCUGUGAAGUGCGCCAGCCCAACAACAAGUCUCGCAUCUGGUUAGGCACUUACCCCACUCCUGAGAUGGCCGCCACCGCCCACGACUCUGCCGUCCUCUCUCUCAGAGGCUCCUCUGCCCUUCUCAACUUCCCCGAUUCUGCUCCUCUUCUUCCUCUCGCCCCCUCUUCUUCUCCUUCUGACAUCAGAGCCGCCGCCGCCAAAGCUGCUGCUAAGAAUAUCAUGAACAAUGAAGAGGCAGGGACCAUGUUCGUGGACGAGGAAGCGCUCUAUAAUAUGCCUGCACUGUUGGACAGCAUGGCCGAGGGUCUUCUUCUUACCCCGCCUUCCAUGAGCAGAGCAUUCAUGGAGGACACCAUUGCUCCUUAUUCUCGUGACUUGGACCUCAAUUUGUGGACACACUAGCCUUCACUCCGACUACGUCCCUGCCCCGCCUAUAAUCCGCCAUUGUUAUGGCUUCCAACCAAAUAUGUGCGCUGUCUAGCUUUAAGCUCAGUUAAUUAAUUAGUUAUUUAAUUAUAUAUAGCUAUCACCCCAAAAGAAAUAAUUGAUGCGUUGGUGCUGAAAGUACUUUA